AUGCUCAAGCAUCAGCUCAAAGAGCGCGAUGUCGAUGGGAUCACGGUGAUCUUGAAUCGCCUGCAGUCCCGAGACGCCCAUGUGCGGGAACUCGCUGCCGAGGACUUGCAUACGUCCGUGGCGACGCUUGCGCGCGAGCUCACGUCGGAGACGUUUGCUCGGUUUUUGUCCGACUUGACGCCGCGGCUGCAAAGUUUGCUCCAAAGCUCAAACUUGGUGGACCAGCUGGGAGGGAUAUCCGCCGUCGAUGCACUCAUCCCUGUGGCCAGCGAAGCGCAGAUCAUCCGAUUUGCCAACUACCUGCGCAGCUUCUUCGUCACGUGUGAAUCCAAGGCCGGGUUGCGUGCAGCCAGUUGGACCCUAGGGCGGCUGGCGUCGUCCACCGAGAACGGCAUCAGUGGCACUUUGGUCGCUGCGUUCGUUGACUUUGAAGUCAAGCGCGCGUUCGAGUGGCUGACGAACCCGUGCUUCCAAGCUAACCACCGACGUUUGGCCGCAUGCAUGGUCCUGCAAGCGCUCGCGUCUGCCGUUCCGACGCUCUUUCACGUGAACCUCACAACGUUCUUUGUCGCGAUUUGGCCUGCCAUCCGCGAUCCCCGCGUCGACGUCCGCGAUGCUGCCACGGAUGCGUUGGCAGCAUGUCUCCAGCUCAUCGCGAUGCGCCAAACGAGGCAUCGUGUGCAAUGGUACUGCAAAAUCUACGACCAAGUGCAAGACGGAUUACAUGUCGUGAAAGGCGCGCCGUCGGUGGUCGUAGCCAAGUCGCCUUCGUGGGAAAGCAUCCACGGGUCGCUCUUGGUCAUUGGGCAAUUGGUUCAAAACACGGGCAGCUUCAUGGUCCCUCGCUUCCGAGAAGUGUGCGACAUUGUGCUGUGUUACAAGGACGCGAAAGACAAGCUCGUGGCGCGAUCGGUGUGCCUCCUGCUUCCCCAACUCGCUGCCUACUGCCCAGAUGCCUUUGUGCGCCACUACUUGAGCAUUUGCGUGGCCCACUUGAUGAAGCGCGUGACGACAUUUCUGUCUGUGAGCGAGCGCGGGAUCGCGUUCCUGGCGCUGGGGGAAUUGGCGCUUGCGGUGGGAGACCAGUUGGUUCCCCAGCUGCCGUCGAUCAUCGAGCUCCUCCAAGACGGGAUGAAAAAAUCCAAGUACUAUUGCAUCGAAACGCUUGUGUGUGCCGCACACUUUACCAAGGCAUGCACGGUCGCGAUGGAGCCGUACUUGCCGUCGCUGUUGGAGCAAAUGCUGGCCGGCGGGCUGAACGAUGCGUUGGUCGAAGCGCUCACGGAAAUCAUUCAAACCGUGCCUGCCGUCAAAACGUGGGUCCAAGAACGGCUUCUCCACGAAAUAUCCCUCGUCCUGCGACGUCCGGCAGCACCAGCCGCGGACGACGUACGCCGAGGCGGUGGGUUUUCAACGUUUUCGCUGCCAUUUCGAUCCGAGAAACUCGACGACAAGGACACGACUGGCGCCCACAUGAGCGACGCGAUGUUGCUGUUGAGUUUGAAAACGCUGGGCCAGUUUGACUUUUGCGGCCCGUUUUCGAUCCUCCCGUUUGUCCAGGACAACGUUGCGGUGUUUCUCACGUACCCCGACGUCGCGAUUCGAAAGCAAGGUAUCGACGACGCGAUCGGUGUCGUGCAGCCACCGUAA